ACGGUGCGUGUUAGGGUUUAAAACGUUCUCCAGGAGCUGCUCGGAGAGAACAGACUAGAGAGGGUAUGAUGGUAGUGAGAUUAAGUCCUUGUAGGGGUCACACAGUUGGUAAGAGCCAACACUGAGGACUGAAUGCCAAAGUUUAGAUAGCCCGAGGCCUCUUGCCUCCGAGGGUGGGUUGGGCAGAGGUACAGUGGGGACCAGAGCCCACUGAGCCCCACCGUGGCUGCCUGCCUCUACUGACCUCUGCCCGCUGGCUCCCAUGACUGUCGAAGCACUUUGGAACCUGCACAAAAUAGGGUGAGGAUGCCCGACAUCUUCACUGGUCCUGACAUGUCAGUAUAGCGUCCGAGCUUGUGAUGUUUUGGGAUUCUUCACCUGCCAUUCUCUCAGUCUUUAUGUCUAGGACCCUGGAAGAACGUUCAACGCAGCCUGGGGCUUAUAUAGAGGUGGUCCCAACUCUGGUAGUCAGUAAAACGAGGUUGUCAUGGAUACUGGUACCAGUAUGUGCAAAAUGGUGAAGGUGAGGCUGAAUUGGAAGUAUUCAAGGAAGUGUAAGUCUCCUUUCCCAUCUUGUAGGUCUUUUUUCUUUCUGAUGGGAACAGAGAGCAGGGAGGCAGACCUGCAGUGUCUCCAUAGGAAGUUGGGGCUUUUUUUUUUGAAGGUGGUAGAAGCAAAGGGAAGUUUGGAUGAUAAGAUGGAGGUGGUCUUACUUAUCCCUUAACCUGUUCUAUUCAGCUGCAGAGGAAACAAACUGGGAGGGUAGGGAGGAGGCUACCACAAUAGACUAGGUGAGGUGGAUGUAAACUGUGGCCAUGGAGGUGGGAGAAGUUGGUGGAUCGUAGAUUCAUUAUUUUAGGUUGCAUCAGUCAGAUUUUUAAUGUAGAGAGUGAGGAAGAGAAGGGGAGGAGUCAGGGAUGACCCCCUCCCCGCCCUCAAGGUUUUUGUCUUAGCAGCUGGAGGCAUGGGAGUUCCAUUAACUGGCUGAAGAAGUCAGCAGUGGGAGUAAUUUUUAUUGAGGAUGUCAGGGGUUUUGUUUUGGACCCAGUUAAGAGUCUGGCAUGUUUCGGAAAACUGAAUGGAGGCUUCAAAUGGAUAGAAGCAUAUAAAGGUCUCGCUAUUUGAGGAGAUGUACAGCGUUAGACAUAUUCAGGUGGUGGCUACUAUGUGGUCAUAGUGGAGCUUUGGGUCACAUUUAGGAAGAGAAAUUCAGGCCAUAAUCGUUAUGUUAACAGGCAGGAAGAAGAGGAUGGGUACCAAGUCUGGAUCUCUUUCUUGGGCACCUGGGUGGAGGAAGUGGCCUCUCAAACACAAGUGAGGGAAAAAAGUGGCCAUAACAUGGGGAGAGGAGAAAAGGAUAAUCUGGCACGUGGCUGAAGCUUCCAAGGGAAGAAUGGACAUGAGAUGAAUGUAGAAGCCUAGGAGUAGCCGAGGCAAGGUGACCCUGAGGCUGGGGCUGCUGCUCAUUCACCAUUCUUGACUCAGCACAAUUUUAUGGUGACUUUUCAUGGAGCCUGGGGUGUUGCAGUGAGGCUAGUAGAUGAGCUUAGGUGCAAAUAUGGCCAUCUGUGAGUAAGCCUGGUAUUACAGGCUGAAUUGUGUUCCCCUAAAAUUUAUGUGUUGAAGUUCUAAUUUCCAGGACCUCGGAAUAGAAUUGUAUUUGGAGAUGGGGUCUUUAAAGAGGUAAUUAAGUUAAAAUGAGGUUAUCAUAUGGGGUCUAAUCCAGUUGUCUUUAUAAGAACAAGAAAUUUGGACACAGACACAGAAUAUGCAAAAGAAAGUAAUCCUGUCCAUGCUUUGAUCAUGGUACUUUAGUUUCUGGAACUGUCAGAAAAUAAAUUUUUGUUGAAGCUGCCCAGUAUGGUACUUUGUUAUGGUUGCUCUAACCAUUGAUUACAGCUGAGGAGUAGGGCAACUAGGGUUGGGCUUUGAAUAAGGGUAGGUGAAAAGAAAAGAGCUGUGACUGGUGAGGGGACCUCAAGUACAGCACAAAGUGGGAGGAGGACCAGGAGUAUGUAAGAUCCAAGACAGGCAGGCCAGCCUUCACAGUGGAUUUGAGGCUGUCCCAGGAAGUGGAAUCCAACAGAGGUCUGGGGUCAAACUGUCUGUCUGUCUGACUUUGCCAGGUACUCUUGGUACCAUACAAUGAGUAAUGUGGGGGUGUGGUUGGGGGUGCACGGACGCAAGAAAGGUGUGCACAUGGAAAGGGAGCAGGAGCUGAGGGCCCCAGGGCCUUGAUAUUAGGGACUCCAGAGUGAAGGGUGAGACCACAUUUGAUUGUACUUAGGAGGAUUGCCUGGCUUGGGGCUCGUCAGGCCCUGGAGGCCAGGCCCUGAACCUAAAUUGUAUCUCUCUGCCACCUGCCUGUUAUUACUGAGGGCUAGCCCCAGUGAUGAAUGGGACAAUGAAGAGAGAGUAACAUCAGUGGCACCAGGGCCCACUACCACCUCUGAGUUGGGGAGCUUGGGAGGAGGAUGAACAUGGGGUUAGAUGCGUGGGGGGUGGAUUGUAGGUCUUUGGAGAGGGGCUGUUUGUGGUUUCAUAUCUCCCAUUCAUGGCAGGGCAGUGUGACCUUUGAAGACGUGGUUGUAUACUUCUCCUGGGAGGAGUGGGGUCUCCUUGAUGAGACUCAGAGAUGCCUCUACCACGAUGUGAUGCUGGAGAACUUUGCCCUUGUGACCUCACUGGGUUGUUGGUAUGGAAUGGAGGAUGAGGAGGCCCCUUCUAUGCAGAGUGUUUCUGUGGAACAGAUGUCACUGGGCAAGACUCCAAAUUUAGGUCCACCCAUUCAGAAGACUCACCCCUGUGAGAAAUGUGUCCUGGUUGGGGGAGAGAUUUUGUACCUGGCUGAGUACCAAGGAUCACAUCUUGGGCAGAAAUCAUACACCUGUGAGGCAUGUGGAAAACAAUUCUGGUUCAGUCCAAACGUCCACCAGCACCAAAAGCAAACUGAAGAGAAGCCAUUCAGACGGGAGAUGGACAAGGCCUCAUUUAUGACGAGCUGUAAAAUCCACGUGUCAGGGAAGCCCUGUACUUGUGGGGAAGUUGGGAAGGACUUCCUAGCUAUGUUGAGUCUUCUCCAGCAUCAGGCCACUCUCAAAGAGGCAAAGCCACAUGGCAGUCUCAAGUGUGGGGAGGCCUUUCAUAGUGAAAAAGGUCAUUACAAGUAUAGUGAAGAUGGGAAAUCAGUCAGCUACGAAUAUAAACUUUUUCAGCAUCAGCAAAUUCACACUAGAGAAAGUUACAACUGUGACAACCCCUUUAACCAAAGCUCCAUCCUCAGUGAUUGCCAGAGAGUUACAGGAGCAAAGUCUCACCAGUGCAGCGAAUGUGGGAAAUCCUUUAGCCAAAGCUACAGCCUCAUUCAACACUACAGAAUUCACACUGGAGCAAGGCCUUAUAAAUGCAGUGAAUGCGGAAAAGCCUUCAGCUACAAGUUCAGACUUGUUCAGCACCUGCAGAUUCACACUAGAGUGAAGCCUUAUGAAUGUGGUGAAUGUAGGAAAUCCUUUAGCUACAGCUCUACUCUCAUUAAACACCAGAGAGUGCACACUGGAGCCAGGCCUUAUAAGUGUGGCGAGUGUGGGAAUUCAUUUAGCCAAAGCUCCAACCUCAUUCAACACCAGAAAAUUCACAGUGGAGCAAGGCCUUAUAAAUGCAGCGAAUGUGGAAAAGCCUUCAGCUACAAAUGCAAACUUGUUCAGCACCUGCGAAUUCACACUGGAGAGAGGCCUUAUGAAUGUGGUGACUGUGGGAAAUCCUUUAGCCACAGGUCCACUCUAAAUCAACACCGGAGAAUUCACACUGGAGCCAGACCGUAUAAGUGUGAUGAGUGUGAAAAAUCCUUUAGCCAAAAGUCCAACCUCAUUCAGCACUGGAGAGUUCACACGGGAGAAAGGCCUUAUGAGUGUGGGGAAUGUGGGAAAUCCUUUAGCCAAAGCUCCCACAUCAUUCAACACAGAAAACUUCACACCAGAUAACCUCAUGAAUGCAACAGCUGUGGGAAAAUCUUUAGCCAAUGGCCUGUUGUAUUUCAGUGUGAAACUUCACAACCCAGCGACACUUCCUUCUGUGCAGCAAACUUGGGGAAGCCUUCAUCUAAAGAUCUAAACCUCCUUUUGCCACAGCAAGUCUACAUGGGAGAAAGGCCUUUGACCUGCAGGGAACGUGGUAUUUCUUUGUUCAGUGUAACAGAACUAGAGAGUCUUUGUGAGGAGUUGUCUGCCUGAAGUCGAACCUCAUACAUCUGAGCAUCCACAGUGGGGAGAUUCCCUGUAGUUCUAGGUUUGUGGGAAGCUUUUAGGAGCCUUAUUGCAUAUUCUUCCCUGCCGGUUCCCUGCCAGUUUCUGUGGUAGAAACCAUCUCCCCUCUACCACUUGGAGUUCCACACAGUGUGCAUCACUCACCCCAAUGUGCUCAGGGAAGGCAAAUGUCUCUGUUUUCUUUCCCAUUCCCUGGAGAACAUUAUAAGUGUUCUAUGGGGCCUCAUUCUCUCCUCUCUUGACUAAUUAGGUCAUGAUCCUGACCCAGUUUUGGCCAAUAUCAGUCUGGGUAAUGCUGGCGGCUUAUGGGUUAAAAAGAGUCCAGUUCUGGUCCAACUUGCAUUGCUGCAAAAGGCCACCUAGGAAAGACUACAGGGCUUUGUGGUCCUAAUUUAUGUCAUGGAUGCCAGGAUUUUUGUGGGCCCAGAGGUCACCUGGAGAAGGGUAUUUUUGUUAUGACAACCUCUAGUGUUGCCAUGAGAAGUAGAAUUUGGUUCUUUGUUCCCAGGGAUGUCACAUAAUGUCGAGCACUAUUGGGGAAGCUGUCCCCCAGGUACUGCAAAGGAAUUGUGUGCCUUCAUGUCUAAAGUUUGGUUUUUCUGAUGUCGCUGGUUGUAAGACUACAGGGGCCAGGCUGAAACCAGUUUGUCCAGAAACACUGGAUGUGAUUGAUUAAUAUGCACUGGAGGAGACUGCAGAGAGAGGAUGCAACUCUUCUAAAGGUGCAUCCGGAUACAAGAUGUUCCCGUGACUGUGGCUACGUGGGAUGACUGUGUAGUACACUCUAUACCUGUGUCCUUCCUGUAGAUGAGGCCAUUGUCAGAGCAACAAAGCUUUGUUUAUUCUAGCCUCUCAACCGGUCAUCUCAAGGAUAUUGCAUAGACAAGAAAAUGAGAGUAGACAGAAGGGAGAUCCUAUAGCCCAGGGAUGUGGUUUUUGUGACCUAGCAGCUCUUCCUGCUGACCCAGAUAGAAAUGAUCUUUGCCAGUAUCUUCAGCCACUGAUGCAGGGCUCCCCUUCUCGAGGCACGAAGAGAAAGGUUGAGUCAAUGCAGAGUUUCUAAACCUCUGGUUAUGAGAAAAAGUAGGAGAUCUAGACUUAAAUUUGAAUGGUUUUUUAUAAAGCUUUAUUGAGGUGUAACUGAUGUGCUAUAAGCUGCACAUAUUUACACUGUACAGUGUGAUUAGUUUGAUGUAAGUGUACACUCAUGAGGCCAUCCAAAUCAUGAUAAUGGACAUAUCUGCACCUCUCAGAGUUACCUGGGCCCUUUUUUAAUCUCUCCCUCUGCCUUCGUGGCAACUGUUGAUUUACGUUCUUUCACGGAAAAUUUGUAUUUUACAGAAUUUUAUAUGAUUGGAAUCAUAAAAUGCUUUCUUAAGUUUUGAUUUCCCUCCUGCAUAAUUAUUUUGAAAUUCAUAAAUGUCGCUUAUGUGAAUAAUUUGUUAUUGCUGGGUACUAUUUUCCUGUAUGGAUGUAACAUGUUUUGUUUACCCAUUUCUCUGUUAACAGACAAUGGCUUGUUUCCAGUUUGGGGCUAUAAUAAAGUUUCAUAUGUCUGCACAA